AUGUGCCUGUCGCUUGGGGUCGAAGCCACGCCGUUACGCGCACCUAUCGUUCUUUCAAAGUUUCACUUUGCGUUUGGCCUCGUAGCCACCACAACUGUGGACAGCGAGCAGAAAAUGGGUGGCGAGAAUGGCUCGCGCCACGUCCGCUUCUUUGAACUCACGACGCCCAACCCCCAAAGCACCAACCACGACGACGGCGACGACGAGUACGACAUCGAACGCAUCGAGAGGCGCCGCCGGUGGAAGUUGCAAGCCAUCCCACUCGUCAUCUUCUUUUUCCUCUUCGUGUCGGUGCUCGUGCCGUUCGUGAGCAAUAACAAACCGAUUGACGCCCUCCGCUUCUUCGACCGUAACAACUUGACAGGGUCCCCUUCCAACCCCAACCUGAUCAUUUCGCUCUCCGGCAUGAACACUGAAACCUACGAGAUGACGGCGACGGCAGUCUUGAACAAAGUCCCGUCGAGCGUCCUGAAUGCCCAAGGCACUCGCAUUACCUCCCCGUUUCGCAUUCAAGCUGGGACCAACGUCGCCGUAUACAACGAAAACACGUCGUAUGUCAAGGCUCCGCUGACGUCGAAAGUGCCCCUCCUGACUGGGUCCCUUGCCUGGUACCCGUUUGACAAGUAUCUCAUGAAGCUCGACAUUCAAGCCGUGACUGGAACGUCCCAGUUCAACGGCGGUAGCAACAGCCCGGUCGACAACUUUGCCUUUGUCGUGUUGUGGCCGGACGACUUUAGUUGGACGUACAAAGUGCGUCCGACCAUUGAAUCGGAUUUUGCCGAUGUCGCGGUCGCAGGCGCGGGCGCUCUCUCGGACCCGUCCACGGGCUACACGGCCCUGACGGUGGAAAUCACGCGCGACUUCAACAUUUACAUGGCGCUUGUGUUCGUCGGGAUCUGGGCCGUCACGAUUGCGAUCGGGUACAUUGGAAGCCGCGCCGUGAUUUGGAAGACUCGCGCCCCGGACAACCCGGUGAUCUUUGUGUCAGCGCUGUUUGCAGUCCCAACAUUCCGCAACACAACGCCGGGGAAGCCCCCGUACGGAUGCCUCUUUGACGUCCUCUGCACGUACUUUAGCAUUGGCGUGAUCGUUACGUUCUUGGUCCUCGUCGCGUUUGCAUAUAUGCGCAAGCCCAAGACGGACAAACCCAAGAAGAAACCCCGGCGCCGCCAAGAUGACGAUACGAUUCCCGUUGCGACGUUGGAUGCUGGCGUGGCCGGCGAUGUGACGGCAUAUGUUGGCGACGUCGGCGAUGCUGGAGGUGACGCCGGCAACAGCGAUGCAACUGCGUCCGACUCGGCAUGAGUGAGCACAAGACUCUGGCAAUCAUCAUGGUCAAGAGGUAGGAGCCGUCGAUCAACUGGCCCAGCCUUGGUCAUACAUCCUGGCCAGCAGCGUAUACCCGAAGCCAUCGCGCAAUUUCAACCAGCCUAUAGGCUCCGCGCACGUGUAAUAUGCAAACACCAGUACUUUCGAUCGAUUGAUUCCCA